GUAAUAAAUGGGCAGAUGUUGUUCAAUGUUUUGGUUUAACACAAGAUCCAUCAAAUGGAAAUUAUAUUCUUGUAAUGGAGAAAAUGGAUAUAGAUUUAAGAAAAUAUUUACAACAAAAUCAUAAUCAACUUACAUGGAAAAAGAGAAUAUAUAUUACUUAUGAAAUAAUUCUUGCACUUAGAUAUAUUCAUGAUGAGAAAGCCAUUCAUAGAGAUUUGCAUUCUGGAAAUAUAUUAUAUUCACAAUUUAAUGAUCAUUGGUAUAUCAGUGAUCUUGGAUUUUGUGGACCUGUUGAUAAAUCUUCAACAAGUAUAUAUGGAAACCUUCCUUACAUAGCACCUGAAGUUAUUGUUGGAAGAGAAUAUACUUUUGCACCUGAUAUUUAUAGUAUUGCAAUUCUUAUGUGGGAAAUUUCAACUGGACAAUUACCAUUUAUAAAUUAUGAACAUGAAAAUGAUAUUGUAAUGAAUGUUAUUAAUGGUAUAAGACCAAAAAUUGUGCCAGGAACUCCAUUAGAAUAUAAUAAUUUAAUGAAGGAAUGUUGGGAUGCUGAUCCAUUAAAAAGACCUGACGCUAAUGCACUUGAGAUAAGAAUGUUAAGAAUUAAUUUAAAUUAUCAAAAUAUGUCAGAUGAAUUAUUCAAAUCAGAAAUAGAUAAUUCAGGAAUGAAUAAAGUAGAAGAAAAUUAUACGAGUAGCAGAUUAUUUACAAGUAAAAUUCACAACUUUGGAAAUCUACCUGAACCAAGUAAUGCAACUGAAGUGUUUCAUAGUAAAUUGUAUGAUUUUAACAUUCCUAACAAUAUUAACGAUUUUAAUGGAAAAAAUAAGCAGUAUAGUGAUAGUGAAAAAUUACCCAAAGAAUUUACAAAUUUACGAAUAAAUUCAAAUAAUGAUGAAAAAGAAAUAAUUCAACAAAGAACGAAAAGACAAAAUAUUGGUGAUAUUGAUGAUGAUGACGAAGUAUAUAAUAAUCCAAAUCUUCAUUCAGAAGAACAGGAUGAAAUGGAAAUUCCUGAUGGUAGGUUCUUAAAUAAAGUAAAUUUCUUUUUAAAGCAAAUAAUUAAUUUAUAAUUAACAAUGUUUUUUAUAUAUAUUUUAAAUUAUCAUCAUUUAUUUAUUUAUUUAUUUUUUAUCUUGGAUUAUUUAAACACUAAGACUAGAGUAGUAAA